AUUGCUAUGCAAACAGUACAGACUGUGCAACAGCACUGAUAUGAGUGAGUGGGAUUAGUUCAGUACGACAGAGUCAGUAGUUGAAGAGGAUUGUGUGACGGCGAAUGGUUGUGGAUCUCCCUUCGCUUUGGUUCAGUCCUGGUCCGACAGCUUUCCUCUCCACCCUCGGUGAGCUACGCCUGGCCAUUGGCUAAUCCUAUCUGAACGAGCUAGGUCAUUCUAGACCAUGGCUUCCUCGCUGGCCUCAAGACCGUACACGGAGAAGAGAGAAAGCGAAGAUGAACGUGUUCAGCGCCACGAAAUCACCACAGCGAACCUCACCGGACAUAAAGAGAAGAUCGGCGAGCACAGCUUUGAGUUACUGAAAGUGCUUGGAACGGGAGCUUAUGGCAAAGUCUUUCUGGUGAAGAAGCGCGCUGGCUACGCUGCAGGACGACUGUUCGCCAUGAAGGUUUUGAAGAAGGCUGCCAUUGUCCAGAAGGCGAAGACGGCCGAGCACACGAUGACGGAGCGACAAGUGCUUGGCGAAGUCCGCAAGUCUCCUUUCUUGGUCACCCUGCACUACGCGUUUCAGACCGAUGCCAAGCUACACCUGAUCUUAGAUUAUGUUAGCGGCGGGGAGCUGUUCACUCAUCUUUAUCAUCACGAGCGCUUUUCGGAUGCUGAGUGUCGCUUCUACAUCGGCGAGGUCACGCUCGCCUUGGAGCAUCUGCAUAAGCUGGGCAUUAUCUAUAGAGAUAUCAAACUUGAGAACAUCCUGCUAAACCGUGAUGGCCACGUCGUCUUGACUGACUUUGGACUCAGCAAAGAGUUGAUGACGAGCGGUGACAAGACGUUCUCGUUUUGUGGCACCAUCGAGUACAUGGCGCCCGAAGUGGUAUCGGGCAAGAAGGGCCACAAUAAGUCCGCAGACUGGUGGAGCCUGGGUGUUCUAAUGUUUGAGCUCCGCAGUGGCACAUCACCGUUCACCGUUGAUGGAGAGAAGAACUCGCAGACAGACGUCUCAAGGCGUAUCAUCAACAACGACCCACCGUAUCCAAAGUAUUUCAGCGAGGACAUGGUAUCGCUGUUGAGAAAGCUGUUGGUGAAGGAUCCCAAGCAUCGGCUGGGUAACAGUGCCGACGAUGCCGAUGCUAUCAAGCAGCAUCGUUUCUUCAAGGCCCUGGACUGGACCGCGCUGGCUGAACUCCGUGUCACGCCACCUUUCCGGCCUGUCAUUGCUAGUGAUGUGGACACACGCAACUUUGCCGAAGAGUUCACAUCAAUGACGCCAGUGGUCUCCCCGGCGACUGCCGUGCCUCCCAACAGCCGCGGCGUGUUCCGAGGAUAUUCAUUUGUUGCACCGUCAAUCCUAUUCAGCGAGAACACCACGCUCAAAGACCUCAAGGCGCAGGCUCGACUGGAGCCGUCCGCGUCCCCGAUGUUCUCCGUGUUGCCUAAUUCGCAUUUUCACCGUAUCUAUGAAGUGGCUGAGGAAGUCUUGGGCGUCGGCUCCUUCUCUACAUGCAGACGCUGCAUCCACCGGGUGUCCGGACGCGAGUAUGCAGUGAAGAUUAUCAGCAGACGGGUGGAUGCAACCCAGGAGCUGAACAUUCUUCGUCUCUGCCAAGGCUAUCGGCAUGUCGUUGCAUACGUCGAUGACAUGCAUGAUGAGCUCCACACCUACAUCGUGAUGGAACUGAUGAAAGGCGGUGAGCUGCUCAAGCGCAUCCAGCAGAAGGGAUGUUUCAGCGAGCCCGAGGCUCGUCGCGUCACACAACAGCUAGUCAACGCUGUGCAGUUCCUACACAAGAAGGGAAUCGUCCACCGCGACCUCAAACCAGAGAAUUUGAUGUUCACGUCGGAGCAGGAGAACGCUGACAUCAAGAUAAUCGACUUUGGCUUUGCGCGGCGCAUGCCGGAGAACCAGGAGCAGCUGUUCACGCCCUGCCUGACCAUCCAGUACACGGCGCCGGAAGUUCUGCAGCAGUGCGCGCUGCAGCAGUGCGGCAACAUGGUGGCUUCUCAGCGCCAGCAGGAUGGCUACGAUCAAUCGUGCGACCUAUGGAGCAUCGGCGUUAUCAUGUUCACCAUGCUGUGCGGCCAGACUCCGUUUGUGCCACCCAAUCGCAGUGCGGCGCAGGACUACGCGGUGUCCGACAUCCUGCAGCGCAUCUCCCAGGGAGACUUCAACUUCAACCGCCCCGAGUGGGAUUCGGUGUCCAGUGCCGCCAAGGACUUGAUCAAAGGACUGUUAACUGUGAAUCCGCUGGAGCGGCUCAGCCUGGAUGCUGUGGCGCGCAGCAAGUGGCUGGUUGGCAGCGAUCCACCACGACCAGUGGCCUGCAGCACAUUGCCACUGCCCCCCAUGAUCACUACUCAGCCACUGCAUAGCAAUAAGCGACCCAACCUGCUCAUUCCCAUCCCGGAGAAGCGGCCGUUCAAGCUGCGCUCCGUCGAUGGAGCCCCUCUGGCCAAGCGCCGGCGUAACAAGCACAGCCUCAGCUCCGACAGUCAAGACUCGUCCAGUGCAUCUGACGUGUCGCUGGUAGGAAGCACUGAGCAACUCAUGCCUAUUCCUGUUGCCUGAUUGCACCACUAGCCAGUGCGGCACACGCCAGCCCUACAGCCAGUGUGGCAUUUCCUCAGCCCAACAGCCAGUGUGGCAUUUCCCCAGCCCUACAGCCAGUGUGGCAUUUCCCCAGCCCAACAGCCAGUGUGGCAUUUCCCCAGCCCAACAGCCAGUGCGGCACACGCCAGCCCUACAGCCAGCGUGGCACACGCCAGCCCUACAGCCAGCGUGGCACACGUCAGCCCAACAGCCAGUGCGGCACACGCCAGCCCAACAGCCAGUGCGGCAUACGCCAGCCGUACCGGACUGGUGGCGUGAUGUAACAUAACAAACAGUGUAAAGAUACAUAUACAUACCCCGCUGUAUGUAAGCCGAAAUGAACCUAUCCGCACCUCGCCUGUACGCCCCAGAAGUACAUUGACUCGCCGCCUGACUGCUAUCAAGUACUGGACACUACUCUAUCUCAUUCUCAUUGACCGACGUGUAUCAUAUCGCCUCACCACCGCCACACCCGCAUGUACAGCCUUUCUACUUUCCUUGACGCAACUCUUGAGACCACGGGCGCACAGUAGCCAUGUGUGCGAAUCUCCAGCACCGGACAUAGUACUUUAGAUUAGGACACAUAGUUCCAGAGUUUCUAUUUCUAUUUGAGACACCCAAACUCCAUAUGGCAUGCAGAUUUUAUUGCUGUUUGCUUUUAGCACACAUUGAGAGAAUGAUAUUUUUUUGCAAUUUCUUUCUCAUUUUCUUUUGACGUUCUUUACAGAGACUAAAAAGCACUUUUCACUGAACACUCUCUUUAUGCGAACUAUCAACCCCUUGCGUUUGCUAAGUGAAGAAUGCAUGCAGUUGUAUUUUGCAACUAAGGAGCCUGUCUUUAGUCAGUGCGUGAAAAGCUCUUAGACUGUUGAUAUCAACUGCCUUGGUGUUGUCUUGCCUCCGCGAAUCAUGGUUUUCGUUAUACAAAUUUGUAAAGUCUUUUAGUUGGGGUUAUUCCCCGUGCCUCUCCUUGAGAGAUGCCAUGUCUGGUCUAGCGGUAGAAGUUCACAGAGAGAUCCCUCACUGUUGUUUAUUUGUCUAACUUUAUCUAUUCUGCAAUGAUUUUUUCAAGUAUUUCGUUAUUGUUCUGCUCAUGACCUGACCCGGUCCUAUGGCAUGAAGUUAAUUUAUUGUCCUGGAAUCAUUUUUGUGAGCUCUAGUUUCUAUUGUGGAUAUCAUUGAAAAGUCA